UUUUUUCCGCCCCGCCCAGAAAGGGUGGAGCACAACGUCAAAAGCAGCCAAUGGGAGCCCAGGAGGCGGGGCGCCUGUGGGAGUCGUGGAGGGAACUUUCCCAGGCCCCGAGGCGGAUCGGGUGUUGAGUCCAUGGAGCGAGCUGAGAGCUAGAGUACAGAACCUGCUAAGGCCAUCAAACCUAUCGAUCGGAAGUCAGUCCAUCAGAUUUGCUCUGGGCCGGUGGUACUGAGUCUAAGCACUGUGGUGAAGGAGUUAGUAGAAAACAGUUUGGAUGCUGGUGCCACCAAUAUUGCGAUGUCACCAUUUCUACCUGCCACGCAUCGGCGAAGGUUGGGACUCGACUGGUGUUUGAUCACGAUGGGAAAAUCAUCCAGAAAACCCCCUACCCCCACCCCAGAGGGACCACAGUCAGCGUGAAGCAGUUAUUUUCUACACUAUCUGUGCGCCAUAAGGAAUUUCAAAGGAAUAUUAAGAAGACGUGCCUGCUUCCCCUUCGCCUUCUGCCAUGAUUGUCAGUUUCCUGAGGCCUCCCCAGCCAUGCUUCCUGUACAGCCCGCAGAACUUCUGGCAUGGAAAAGCCCCCAUGCAACUGGUAAAGAUAUCAAUAAGCACCAGGAGGUAUCUAAAUCCACCAGGAGCCAUAGGCAUCACGUCGACAUCCAUUUACCAGUCUUCCCUGGCAAGAUUCUUCUGAAUUGUGCUGCCUUGACCAAAAGAGGACGCUGUGCGGAGCUGCAAGUCCGUAUCACUGAGGCUGUGGCCACAGCCACUGAGCAGAGAGAGAUGAUCACCCACCUGGAGCAGGACCUGAGCAUCAUUCAGUCCAUCCAGUGGCCCGAUGCUGAGGGUGCCGCUGAGCACCGCCUGGAGAAGAUCCCAGAGCCCAUCAAAGAGGCCACUGCCCUAUUCUAUGGACCUGCAGCACCAGCCAGCGGCGCCCUCCCAGAGGGCCAGGUGGAUUCACUGCUUUCCAUCAUCUCCAGCCAGAGGGAGCGCUUCUGUGCCCGGAACCAGGAGCUUGAGGCCGGCAGCGGCAGUGAUGACACGGAGCUGCGGUACUCGUCCCAGUACGAGGAGCACCUGGACCCCUUCUCCUCCUUCAGCAAGCGGGAGCGGCAGAGGAAGUACCUGAGCUUGAGUCCCUGGGACAAGGCCACCCUCAGCAUGGGGCGUCUGGUUCUCUCCAACAAGAUGGCGCGCACCAUCGGCUUCUUCUACACACUGUUCCUGCACUGCCUGGUCUUCCUGGUGCUCUACAAGCUGGCAUGGAGCGAGAGCAUGGAGAGGGACUGUGCCACCUUCUGCGCCAAGAAGUUCACUGACCACCUGCACAAGUUCCACGAGAAUGACAACGGGGCUGCGGCUGGUGACUUGGGGCAGUGAUACCCCGGGGCCUCCCCCGUGACAGUGACGGCUGCGCCUCCACCCCGACUGCUCAGUGCAUCUAAUCACUUAGACUCCCCUGAAGAAUCCCCCAUGGAAACUGCCCUUAUCCGCUGUCCAGCAGCUGCCAGAGGCCCCAGGUCACCUCGGGUCCCCUUGAAAGAAUGUCUCGGUCACAUCAGGCCCGCUAGGUCCAGAGAGCGAGCCCCCAAUGCCCGGCCAGGCUAAGCCGCAGAGACCCUCUCAGCCCCCACCUCAGGUUAGGGCUCUGCCCGCAGCCUGACCUCUAGCCCUGGUGGCAGAGGUCCCUCAGCUGUGAGGCUGAUUGGGUGACCACCGAUUCCAGCUGCGGUUAAUCCAGCUUGGGCCUGUCUGCACUGCGAUCCUCUUGGGCUCUCCUAGGAUCCCCCCAUGCCCCGUAAGAGGUGGAAGACGCUUCCUUCCAGGACAGCAGGCUUUGAGUCCAGCACCCCCAGCCUGCCUUUGCCACCGGCCCCACCCUGCAGAGUAUAUGAGGCUUGACAGAGUCUGCCCCCUCCCCCACUGCACCCCAAGAGAGAGAGCCCCAGCCAGGGGAACAGUUUCUAUUACCCCCUCCCUGCCCCCAGACCCAUGUGAUUUCUGCUUUCUUCUUUAGCAAGAUAUUCUGGUUUCUAGAUAAGGAAGAGUCUCUAAUGAGCCCCCGAGCCCCAGUCUCUUCAGACUCAUGGAUUGGUCUGAGGGGUCUGAACGUCUCCUAGCCAAUCAGAACUGGCUGUGGACCACCCUAGCACGGCCACCUCUCAGGGCCACUGGCAGGCCUUCCUGAGUUAGAUUUGUAGUUGCAUAUUUAGCUCUGCACAUUUGAAAUAAACCACGGUUGCAGCCA